ACCUCACCAAUCUCAUCUCAUCUCAUCUAACUCACUCACAACCAACCAACUCAUCUCAUUAUCAUGGACUCUUACGACGCCACCUCCAACAGCGGUCAGCUCGGCACCGGCACAACGCGCCGUGGCGAGGACAACAUGGACUCCCAAAACACCACCGGCAUGAACCGCGGCCAGGGUGGUCUCAUGGACUCGGACCUCGACUCGAGCAACCGCCGCACGGGCGGUGGCCUUACGUCGGACAUGGACCGCCAGCAGCAGUCGCGCUUCGACAACACCUCGUCCGACCUCGGCUCCGACACCCGCCGCAUGGACGACCUGGAUCGCAACCAGAACACCACGAGUGGUCUCGGCGGAAACACUCGUAGUGGCUUAGGCGGAAACAACAGCGGUCUCGGUGGAAACACCAGCGGUCUUGGUGGAAACAACCAGUACGACACGACGUCGAACACCACCGGCUCCCAGUGGGACAACAACACCACCACCUCCGGCUUGAACAAGCCCACCAUGGGCGACAAGGUCAAGGGCACGGCCGAAAAGCUCGCGGGCAAGGUCACUGGCAACGCUGGCAUGCAGGAGCGCGGCCAGGAGCGCAAGGUUCGAUUCGCAAUCUGCAUUCGCUCAAUUCGGAUCCUGAUGUCUUCUCUUCUUCGCAGCUCGGCGAGUUCGACAACAACAACAACAACUACUGAAGGAGUUAGCCCUGGUGUAUCUUUGAAGGGACUUGUAGGAUAAAGCCAAUCUGUACCACAACUUGAAAUCCAACGCAAACGAUCUUCACACAUCUUUUCUUGACUAAGAUUGGAAGG